AUGAAAGUCUAUCCCCAAUUGAUACUCAUAUGGUCCAUUUCAAUACUAGCAAUCGAGUCUACUACUUCAAUAGGUCAUCUGAGAGGUCCCCUCUUGAUUAAAAGGGACAAUGACACAUGUUCAUCACAACUUCUUUUGAUAGCACCGCAACAAAGAUGUGAAUUCAUAAAGUCAAACUGUCAAGAUCUUGAAGGACUAGUCAACUAUUUCAGUUUCUACUAUUGUAAGUUUGGAUUUUUGAAAACAUUUGCCAUCAUUCCAUUGUCACUAUGUCUAUUUGUUAUGUUCUUAUCCUUAGGAGUAACUGCAUCUGACUUUUUAUGUCCAAAUUUAGAUACAAUUUCUAAAUUCCUUCAAUUGUCAGAUAAUCUUGCAGGAUUGACAUUACUAGCAUUUGGAAAUGGUGCCCCGGAUGUGUUUAGUACCUUACAAGCAUUCUCGUGGGAUUCUGGAAGUUUAGCUAUUGCGGAAUUGAUUGGUGCUUCCUUGUUUAUUGUGACCGUGGUAGUUGGCACAAUUGCAGUAUUACAUCCAUUCGAAGUUCCUCAAAAUAUAUUUAUUAGAGACGCAACCAUGUAUAUAUUUAUUGUUCUCGUGGUAAUAAUUUCCCUUCUUAUUGGUUCCCUCCUGAUAUUCACAAGUUUAGUAUUGGUGGUUGCCUACGUGUUAUAUGUUGGCGCAGCAGUAUAUAGACAUUCUCGUUACAAAGCAAAAGUUGCACAACUAUUAAGAGAUCAAAGAUCAAGAAAUGCGUUUUCAGAUACAAUACAGGAUAAUAUAGAAGAUAUUGAUGAAAUUUAUCUUGAUAAUUUUGCAAGAUUACCUACAAUUGACCAUUUCCAAGUAAAUGAUGAUUCAAUGAAUGAAUAUUUAACAUUUCAAGAUAUGCCGCAUGACUCGAUUUCUAAAUCGAUGACAUCUUCUGCAGGGACAUAUGGUCUUCGUAUGUUAUUGAAGGAUUUAUCUGAUCAUUCUAGUGUUUCGCGGGGGGGUAUCCAGUUGUCAAGGGAACGUCCAUUGACAUCUACCACCACCACCAAUGAUGAUAUAGAGAUAGGAGAUCUAGACAACUUUGAAGAUGAAGAUCUCAAUAUAUUUGGAUACAAGCCUGAUCGCGAAGUUGUCUCGUUUUUAUUUCCUCAGCUUUCAAGAUUUAAACAGUUAAACAUAUAUGAUAAAAUCUUGACGAUAUUCUCGCUUCCGGUGAAUACAUUGCUUCAUCUAACCAAUCCUGUGAGAAACCGUGCAACUAUAGAAGAACUUAAUCAACAGGUACGAACCUUGGGAACUGAUAACAAUGUUCCACUGUUUGAUUACGAACAAGAUAAACGAUUCCUCCUUAUUCAGACAGCCGCAGGGCUUGUAUUCCUAACUAUAAAUUUCACCAGUUCAAUGCUGCAUUUCUGGGCAAUACACUUGCCCCUUGGGAUUGUUUCAUCUAUGGCCUUGACGUAUCUUGUCAAACUUGUGUACCCCUUUGGACCAAUUUCAGUAAGAUUUGCUUCCCGUAUCAAGGCAAUAAAUUACUUUGCUUCAUUUCUAGGAUUCAUAGUUUCAAUUUCAUGGAUAUCAAUAUUUGCAGGUGAAAUCAUCAACAUUCUUAAGACAAUAUCAGUCAUAUAUAAUCUUAGUGACGAUAUAUUGGGUAUCACUGUGUUUGCAUUGGGUAACUCGAUUGGAGACUUUAUUUCAAAUUAUACCAUUGCGAAAAUGGGCAUGCCUAUGAUGGCAUUUGCAGCAUGUUUUGGUGGUCCCCUUUUAGCUCUUUGUUCAUUGGGGUUAACUGGAUUAAUCACAAUUCCUAAAUUACAAGGGAACGUAUAUGAACUAGCAAUGACAAGAACGUUAGCUAUUACCUCUGGUGCAUUGAUUGUCAAUUUGAUAUUUCUUGUAAUCAUCAUCCCAAAAAAUAAUUGGAUUUUAGAUAAAACUAUUGGGAAGAUAUUGAUAUUGAACUGGGUCAUUGCAACAACUCUCUGUAUAAUCAGUGAGUUUCUUUAA